AUCUGUUCGAUGUCAGUUAAUCGAAGCCAAUUGUCAAGCGUUGUUGAGAUACAAGAAACCAGAAACUGAUAACAUGAAGUUUUUACUAUUGCUCGCAUUCGUCGCCGUCGCUGCUGCGAUGAGAACGUGCGAGUCAGAAGAAGCCGAGAAGAAAUUUAUAGCAUCACACUUUCAAAGAUUUUUCAAUAUCAGCACGGAAAAGGCUCAAGAGUGCAUUGUUAUAUCGGGAGUUACGUUAGCGAAUCUGCGCUAUUGGGAGGACAAGUUGGACUCAGAGGAAAAUGAGAUCACCGAUAGAGAGAGCAUGAAAAAAGCAUGUUGCGCGUUGGUUUGUUGCGCCCAAAAACGGGGAUUGAUGAUAGGAACAAAAAUACAAAUGCAAGAAGUUUUCGAAUCAAUAGCAAUUUUUCCAGUAGAAGUAAACAACAUUCUACGUGAUGUCACAGUUGUUUGCGAAGAACAAGUGCGAGAGCAAAAAGACGAGUGUCUCGUUGGCUGCAAUUUCUUUAAGUGCGUGAUGGACAGGAGUCAUCCUUUAUUGCAACAGUUAUAAAUCAUCGAGAAUGCCGCACCGUGCAUUUACGAUUCGAACGAUGAAAUUUAGAAAUUGAUCCGCAGUUACGACGAUUUGUUGCGCGUCGAAUACGAACAGCAUCGUGCACGUUCGAACAGAAGUUAUCGCGAACUGCAACAAAAAUUCUUCGAUAUGAGCCUGAACGUCGCGCGCGAACAAAAUCGCGUCUGCAAUUUGUGAACAAUUGCGCGAGCAUCGAUUAUCUACAUACUAUCUGCAACGAAGAAACCAAACUAUGUGGCAGUUCGAAUUUGUUGUAAAACAUGCUUUCGGUAAUAAACUUUGCGAAUGUUUAGAGAUAUUUCGGUCAGAGUUGUUCCAAUUAACCUUUUAUUCUUCGUUGUCUGAGAUUUAAGGCAUUCGGUGUUGACUAAAAUGAGAAAGUAUAACAGAAGAAAUACUUUUUACGAUUUUAUAUUAUUUCUACGAUUUUAUAUAAUUUCUGUGACUCUAUGUUAUUUCUGCGAUGUUGUACUAUUUUUAAGAGUUUAUAUCAUUUCUUUGAUUUUAUAUUAUGUUCGCGUUAUACGAAUGGCGUCCAGAUCGUAUUAUUUGUGCUUGCAUCGUAUUCGUGACAUAAAUCGUACAGAGAUCAUGGCUUUGUAAACUUUUGUAAAGAUACCUCAAAUUAAAGAAUCUGAAUAAAAAACAUUGGAAAAACUAUA